AUGCGACAGCAGAGUGCUGUAUGGAAUAUAGAACUUUUGGUGGACCGACCUAGGAAGCAGAACGACAGACAUAGACCUCCUGUACCUCGAGUCGAAGAGAUAGCUUCAGACAUCUACACACGUCUACCACGCGAGAUUCGUAACCGUGUGUAUGCAUACUGCGUUGAAGGAUCUUACGACAACGAAGUCAUUGUCAGACGCACAGCAAUUGGAAACAACCGACGCUUCACGCACCUCGUCCGACAACCUUGCGGCCAGCACUCUUACCAAUGGGUCGAAGACCAUACCGCCAAAUACCUGAGCGCAGAAGGAUUAGGUGGAGACGUGGCUAGAGAGUUGCUCGAAUGCUACUAUUGGACACGUACAUUCAAGUUUGCACAUCACGAGCUCUGCCUCCUCAAACCGUUCCUUGAAACGGAUGGUUUUGGGCUGGGAAUGAUUCCGGCGCACUAUGCAAGACGUUUACACAUACAGAUACAGCCUCUAACUUUUGCCUUCCUGUUGCCAGACAAGCGUCUCUUUGAAGAACAGAUGUGUCGUAAGACCAUCGAGACCCUCGCUAUCAUCAAGACAGCUAGGACUGAAGUCGUGGUCGAGGUUGAUCUAGCCCAAGGAUCCUUGAGUGAUGGGGAUUAUGAGCGCUUCUCGAAAGAAUCUGCGCAGUUCAUGCUCAAAAUAGAGAGUGUGGUCGAGAUCUUGAGAGAAAGCGGAUUGCGCAUACGUUUGGCGACGAUAUAA